AUGAACGUCUUUGGCACGACCGUAGAUCCAACUUCCAACCCCCUCCUCGGUGGGGAGUGCGGCAAGCGCCUCAUACCCCAUGUUAUCGACGCAACGGCCCGGGAAACCCCGGAUGUCGAGUGUCUGUCAGUUCCCCGGACCAACAACCCCCGCGAUGGGUGGAAGCCCGUGAGCUGGGCUCAGGUCGCCCACGCAGUCGACUAUGUGGCUCAUAUGCUACUCAACCAAGCCGGUCACCCCGCCCCUGGCACAUUUCCCACCGUCGCCUACAUUGGUCUAGAAGACCCGCGGUACCCUAUCUUCAUAGUUGGCGCCGUGAAGGCUGGCUACCAGGCUCUUUUCAUCUCGCCACGCAACUCUGUCGAGGCACAGCUGAACCUCUUCAACAAGACUCAAUGCAACCUUCUCUACUAUGAUCCGCAAUAUGCCUUCGCAGUUCAGCCCUGGGUCAACGGCAGGCCAGGCAUGAAGAGCGUUCCAAUCACCCAGUGGGAUGACUGGGUGAAUGCCGAAGGAGUCACACCAUUCCCUUACACCAAGACUUUUGAAGAGGCUGAAUGGGAUCCGUACGUCGUGUUGCACACGAGCGGCAGCACCGGGCUUCCCAAGCCGAUUAUCAUCCGACAGGGCAUGCUCGCGUUGAACGAUUUGCAUCGCUAUAUUCCGCCGCUCAAUGGAAAUCGAACUUUGAUGCCCACAUGGUCCAGCUUUCCUAACCCGCGGUACCUCGUGAUCUUUCCUCUCUUCCAUACCGCCGGCAUUAUGACUUCCAGCUUGUUCGCAUUCUACUAUAACACUCCCAUUGCCUUUCGCGAUCCCUCCGUCCCCAUCACCGCCGAGAACGUGAUCGACUGGUUGCAAAACUCGAACCCGGGCUGGACUCUGAUGCCACCGAGCACCCUGGAGCAGAUGUCGCGCUUACCACAGGGAGUGGAGGAGCUGAAGAAGCUGCAUGCGGUGGGAUUUGCGGGAGGCUCCAUAGCUCCAGCCCCGGCCAGCCAUCUGCUAAGUCAUGGUAUUCAGAUGGUCAACGCCAUUGCUACGACUGAGUAUAUUUUCUUUCCAUAUUACUCUCAACCGGAUUCUGCCAUGUUUUCAUGGUUCAUCAUUCCCACGGAGAUGAUGGGCAUAGAAUGGCGCCCAUUCGGCGACAACGCGUACGAACAAGUCAUCAUCCGCCAGAACAAGCAGCACCCAGGGCAGCAGGGCUGCUUCUACACCUUCCCUGAAGUGGCCGAGUACAGUACAAAGGACCUGUACCGGCCGCACCCGACUCUGCCCGAUCACUGGACAUACGUUGGCCGUGCCGACGACAUCAUCGUCUUCUCGACGGGCGAGAAGCUCAAUCCGACGACCAUCGAGGGCGCUGUCAUGGGUCACCCGGGAGUUCUCGGUGCGCAAGUCGUCGGCACCAAUCACUUUCAUGCUGCCCUGCUGAUCGAACCGGUUCAGCAUCCCCAGACUGAAGCAGAAAAACAACAAUUCGUCGAUGAUAUCUGGCCUAUUGUGGAGAAGGUCAACGCGGAAACAGUAGCCCAUGGACGUAUCCCGCGGGAAUACAUUUUUUUGACGGACCCGACAAGACCCUUCCCUCGCGCCGGAAAGGGCACGAUUCAGCGUGCGAUGGUUGGUAAAGUCUACGCGGACGACAUUGAACGGAUCUUCGAAACCAGCCGCGAUGUGCCAUCCACGGCGGUGCACCUCGACCUCACAUCACUAGUGACAUUUGGAACCGGGAUGCACACCCUGGUACAAAGCGUGGUCAAGAUACCGAUCUUAGGUAUGGACGAUGAUAUGUUCUCCGCAGGCGUCGAUUCGCUACAAGUCAUACAGAUCGCGCGACUGCUGCGCGUCAGCCUAGACAAAGCCGGCAUCAAAGUGUUCAUAGAGCCACGCACCAUUUACACCCAUCCUAACCUCACGCAGCUGGCGGCGUUUGUCUACUCUCUGGCCGUAUCCGACGCCGCAGUCGUGGCCGACGCCACAGAAGCCUGCCGUGCCCUAGUCGCCAAAUACACCCACAGCCUUCCCCCACCCAUUCCCAACAAGCCCGCCCCUUCGACCGACGGCCAAGUCAUCAUCAUCACCGGCACCACCGGUGCCAUAGGCUCAUACUUGCUUGACGCAGCCCUGGCGAGUCCCCGUGUCCGCAAGGUCAUCUGCUUCAACCGCGCCGCCGAUGGCCAGGCCCGACAGACCGAGGCCAGUGCAUCCCGGGGCUUGUCGACCGACUUCACCAAGGCUGAAGUCCUUCAAGUCGACCUAACCAACCCAUCCUUUGGCCUUGAUUCUGAUACCUACACCCGCCUUGCGGGCGAAGUAGACCGGAUCAUCCACAACGCAUGGCCCGUCAACUUCAACCUCACCAUCACAUCCUUCGAACCACACCUUCGCGGAACACGAAACCUAGUCGAUUUUAGCGCGCAAGCCCGCAAAACGAUCCCCAUCACCUUCGUCUCCAGCGUCAGCACAAUAGAGAACUGGUCAGCUCCAGAGACACCCAUUCCCGAAACAGCACUCUCAGACUGGUCUCUCGCAGCAACAGGGUACGGCCAGUCCAAGCUGGCCAGCAGCAUGAUUCUCGAUGCCGCAGCAAUAGAAUCAGAUGUUCCGCGCGCUAUUGUCCGUGUAGGCCAGGUCGGUGGCCCGCGUGGUCAGCAUGGUCAAUGGAACCCGCAGGAGUGGCUGCCCAGUCUGGUCCGCAGCUCGGUUUACCUUGGUAUGCUGCCCGAUUCGCUCGGUGCGUUGGGUCAUCUUGGUUGGGCCCCGAUUGAGGAUGUUGCUGCUGUGGUGUUGGAGACGUCUGCGGUGACGAUCGAUGUGCCGGUGGAUGAGCGCAACGGGUACUUUCAUGCGCUGAAUCCGACCCCGGUAGACUGGGCGGGGCUGGUGCCGACUUUGCGUGAGUUCUAUGGUGAGAGGAUCACCCGUGUGGUAUCGUUGGGUGAGUGGGUUGAUGCACUUGAUAAGAGCCAGUCAAGGCCAGAGGACGUGGAGAGGAAUCCUGCUGUCAAGUUGUUGGAUACGUAUCGAGCUGCUGCGAAGGAUGCUGGAGCGGGGUUCGUGUUUGCGACGGAGCAGACGGAGAUGUGUAGUCCUACGAUGAGGCGGAUGGAGCCAGUUUCGCCUGAGUUGAUGAGGCAUUGGUGUGGACAGUGGGUUUUUUGAGUGAAGAGCUGUACUAGGAAUGGCUGAGAUGAAGUAUUGCAACAGCAUCGAGG